UCUAAUUGGUCAUAUACUGAAAAUUCAUCAAUUGCAGUAUUGAUUGUUUUAUUUUCCCUUUUAGUUGUUGUAUAUCUUAUGAACUUGUUAAUUGGAUUACUCAAUAUAGCAAUUGAAGAAGAUAAUAAUAGAGUCUCAUAUUUAAUGCAGAAGGCAGAGAUUUUGGCUGAGAUUGAGUUAUUUUACCUGUUACCACAUCAGAGACGUUGGAAAACAUGGUUUCCUGAAGUAAUGUAUGUAAUUUUAC